CACUGUAAUCUGACACAUGCUCUCAUUUCAACUCAUCUUUCGUCUUGUUUCAAUUAGUCUCAUGUGUUUUCUCUUCUUCUAGCCAUGUCCAAAGAGGACAGAAUGUGAGGGGUGUGUCAUGUGACAAGUAGGUCGCAGUGUGUCCAUCUGUUGCUGUUACUGAUAGUGUUUAACUAAACUCUCUCUUACUCUGAGCAGAGACAGACUGAGAGGAAGUGAUGUGGGAAACAGAAGACCGAGACCAUGACUGAGUCUGCGCUCAGGUUUGGUUUGUUGAAGAGCUGUUUUUCAGUGUUUGUUGCUGUAUCUUCCGUUUGGUGAUGGAGCCUCAACGGCAGAUCUACAAAAGACUGGACAUCCCGGAUCAUGUGCAUUACAUCACCGCCUUCCUCAUCCUCAUCAUCGGCACUUUAGGAGUCACGGGCAAUGCUUUGGUCAUGUUUGCCUUCUACAGUAAUAAAAAGUUGCGGAGCCUGCCAAAUUAUUCCAUAGUGAACCUGGCGGUCAGUGAUUUCCUCAUGGCCAUCACACAAUCUCCAAUGUUCUUCAUCAACUGCCUGUUUAAGGAGUGGAUGUUUGAGGAGCUGGGAUGUAAAAUAUAUGCAUUCUGUGGUGCGCUGUUUGGCAUCACCUCGAUGAUAAACCUGUUGGUCAUCUCUAUCGAUCGAUACCUGGUCAUCACCAAACCGCUGCAGACCAUCCAGUGGAACUCCAAACACAGAACUUCUCUGGCCAUCCUGUGCAUCUGGAUCUACUCGCUGGCCUGGAGUCUGGCACCUCUGAUUGGCUGGAGUUCCUACAUCCCUGAAGGUCUGAUGACAUCCUGCACGUGGGACUACGUCUCGCCGUCUCCCACCUACAAGAGUUACACCAUGAUGCUGUGCUGUUUCGUCUUCUUCAUCCCUCUGGCCAUCAUCCUCUACUGUUACCUGGUCAUGUUCCUCUCCGUACGAAAGGCCAGCAGAGAUCUAGAGUGGCUGAGCUCUCAGAAGUCCAGCUUUGUGAAGCAGCAGUCCAUGAGGAGUGAAUGGAAACUGGCUAAAAUAGCGGCUGUGGUCAUAGUGGUGUAUGUGCUGUCCUGGGCUCCCUACGCGUGCGUCACCCUCAUCGCCUGGGCAGGGCAUGCAAGCAUCCUCACACCCUACUCUAAAACACUGCCGGCGGUCAUCGCCAAAUCAUCUGCCAUCUACAACCCUUUCAUAUAUGCCAUAGUUCACACCAAAUACAGAGCCACAUUGGCUGAGAAGGUCCCAGGUUUGUCCUGCCUGUCUCGCGUUCAGAAAGACUGUCUCACCUCCUCCACCAAUAGCGAUGCCUCAGUCCAGGACACCAGCUUCAGCAGACAGUCAUCGGUCUCCAAGAACAAACUCCACACAACCACCGCCAACAACUCCAGUACUAUGGUAAUGGGAGAAGUGGAACUAGACCUGAUGGAGAACAGGUCCAACUUGACUAAAGUGUCAUUUAGAAACUCAUCGAGACAGCGGAUCCUCAAAUGCUCCUCGCUGCUGAUAGAGAAGCCUCCGGUACAGAUGAGAGAGUCGUUCAGUCUAUGCGAGCGAGAUCUCGUCUCCGGUUCCCUCGCCAUGGCAACGGCACCAAUGGUCAUUUACACUAAGAAGAGCGGGAGUGCUGAUAUGACCUCUGACCUCUCAUUUAACCCUAAGAACGACUCUGUGACCUGCAGCUCCUCAGAUGCUCCCACAAUCAUCAUCAGUCCAGCUUCAGAGAGCAAUAUGAGAGAAGAUACAGUAGGAGAAGAAAAGUCUGGAUCUCACUGUCAGGACUUAAUAAUUGGCCUCACAAACACAAACUGCCCUGCAGAGCUACUGGAGACUAAAGAGAGAUUUCUCACAUGAACUGAUCUGACACUGUUAAAUAAACUCUGAUUCAGACUAGAUGUGCACUUCAUGAAGGAAAUAUCGGUGCUUGAGAAAUGACCUUUUAGAGGUGUUUUUUUUUUUUUUU